CUUAAGAACAGGUUAAACCGGAAACCGGUGAUUCGGUUUCUAAUACAAUUUUAGUUUGUUUCAAUUUGAUUAUCUGGUGGUGCUGCCGCUGAAAGUGUAAUAAAAUGGCUGUUUUAAGUUGAAUUGAAUGGAUUGAUUGAAAUAAAGAAAAAUGGAUUCAUCGGAAAACCUAACCGCACUUCCAGAAGAGGAUCUUGAAAACGAACAAGAAGUAAUUUCUGCUUUCAACUCAGUUCCUCAACGCCCUCCUCCGCCUGCUCAAAGCUCAUUGCACAAGUACUCUCCUCUAGACUGGAAACAGUACUUUGAUCGAGAGGAGGAUAUUUCCAUCCCUGAUUCUAAUGACGUGUUUCAUGUGUAUAUAGCAGGAACUGAAGGCCCUGUUGUUUUUUGUCUUCAUGGUGGUGGCUAUACUGGGCUAUCAUUUGCACUUUCCGCGAGUAAAAUGAAGGAGAAAGCCCGGAUAGUUGCACUCGACUUGAGAGGACAUGGAAAAACGUCCACAGAAAAUGAUCUUAAUUUAUCCAUUGAGACCAUGUGCAAUGAUGUUUUGGCUGUACUGAAGGAGAUGUAUAGAGACAAUUUUCCUGCAAUUGUACUUGUUGGCCACAGCAUGGGUGGCUCAGUUGCUGUCCAUGUUGCAGCUAAGAAAGUAUUACCUAGUUUGGCUGGGCUGAUAGUUGUAGAUGUUGUAGAGGGAACAGCUAUGUCUUCUUUGGUUCACAUGCAGAAAAUCUUGUCAAACAGGAUGCAACAUUUUUCAAGCAUAGAAAAAGCGAUAGAAUGGAGUGUCAAGGGAGGUACUUUAAGAAACAUUGAUUCUGCUCGCAUAUCUGUGCCUACCACUUUAAAGUAUGAUGACUCAAAGAAAUGCUAUGUUUAUCGAUCACUUCUACAAGAAACAGAACAAUAUUGGAGAGAAUGGUAUGAGGGCCUUUCAGAAAAGUUUCUAUCAUCUCCAGUUCCAAAACUCUUGCUUUUAGCGGGAACAGACAGACUGGACAGAACUCUUACAAUUGGCCAAAUGCAAGGCAAGUUCCAAAUGGUAGUUGUCAGACAUACCGGGCAUGCUAUACAGGAAGAUGUACCUGAUGAAUUUGCAGCACUUGUUCUUAAUUUUAUAUCUCGCAAUCGCAUAGGGCCUCAUGGAGUUGAGAUACCUGGACUCCGUCGGCCAUCACAGACAUCACAGCCACAGCAUUGAGUAAUAUGAGGACUCGUUAGUACAGAGGCCUGUCUAUUUUUUAGGAUACCUCAGAUGCCAAAUCUUUAGUUAAUGUGUAGAGGAUGUUUGUGGGCUUCCUUUCUAUAAGCAUGCUUAAAUCCUGUAAUCCAGGCUUCUGAUUUUGAAAAUUAUGUUGAAGCUGUCGUAUAAAAAAAUGGUUUUUUUUUACAGUAAUAUGCGGCGGCUAAAGUUUGUACAAGUCAGGUUUUUGUUGUUGAUCUGAAUUUAGAAGGAUGCACCUGUAAUAGAUAUGGCAUAACCUUUAGCAUUCAACCUUUUUUACAUUUUUGUC